AUCAAGCCUUGGGGGCUUGGAGAGUGCAGAAGAAAAAAAUGAAAGUGACAGCAAGCUGGACCUGUUUUACCUGAGGGGAAGACUCGGCUUGGAUUUCAAAAUUGAAGGGUGAAGUGGUUUGCAACAGUUACCUGGCUCUUGGCCACAAUCCAGCUGGAUCAAGCAGAGACUUGAAAAGAGAUCUUGAAUCCGGUGGCAGUGAAAGACCCAAGAAUGCCAGUGAAGAAGAAAGGUGGGCUAUGAGAUACUGACCGAGCCUUAUCAUUAUUGGAAGAAUACUGCAAAAAAUUAAGAAAACCAGAGGAGCAGCUGUUGAAAAAUGCUGUUAAAAAGGUGAUGAGUAUAUUUAAGAGCAGCUUAUUCCAAGCUUUGCUAGAUAUUCAAGAAUUUUAUGAGGUGACACUACUAAAUUCCCAAAAAAGUUGUGAACAAAAGAUUGAAGAAGCCAAUCAAGUUGCACAGAAAUGGGAGAAGACAUCUAUUCUUGCUUCAUGCCAUGACAGUCUUCAGAAAUCUGCAGAGCUUACAGUUUGGGGUGGACCAAAGGAGAAUGCUUCAUGUAUUGAGCAAAAUAAAGAAAAUCAGUGUUUUGAGAAUGAAAUUGAUGAAAAGUCAAGUCAAAACCAAGGCAAAUGCCCAGCCCAGAAUUGUUCAGUGGAAGCCCCUGCUUGGAUGCCUGUACAUCACUGUACUAAGUAUCGAUAUCAAGAUGAGGAUGCUCCACAUGAUCAUUCCUUGCCUCGGCUAACUCAUGAAGUAAGAGGUCCAGAACUUGUGCAUGUAUCAGAAAAGAACCUGUCCCAAAUAGAAAAUGUCCAUGGAUACGUUUUACAGUCGCACAUUUCUCCCCUGAAGGCCAGCCCUGCUCCUAUAAUUGUCAACACAGAUACUUUGGACACGAUUCCUUAUGUCAAUGGGACAGAAAUUGAAUAUGAAUUUGAAGAAAUUACACUGGAGAGGGGGAAUUCUGGACUGGGAUUCAGUAUUGCUGGAGGGACAGAUAAUCCCCACAUUGGAGAUGACCCUGGCAUAUUUAUUACGAAGAUUAUACCCGGAGGUGCUGCAGCAGAGGAUGGCAGACUCAGGGUCAAUGAUUGUAUCUUGCGGGUGAAUGAAGUGGACGUGUCAGAGGUUUCCCACAGUAAAGCGGUGGAAGCUCUCAAAGAAGCAGGGUCUAUUGUCCGGUUGUAUGUGCGUAGAAGACGACCCAUUUUAGAGACCGUUGUGGAAAUCAAGCUGUUCAAAGGGCCUAAAGGUUUAGGCUUCAGUAUUGCAGGAGGUGUGGGGAACCAGCACAUUCCUGGAGACAACAGCAUUUAUGUGACAAAAAUUAUAGAUGGUGGAGCUGCACAAAAAGAUGGAAGGUUGCAAGUAGGAGACAGACUACUAAUGGUAAACAACUACAGUUUAGAAGAAGUGACACAUGAAGAAGCAGUAGCAAUAUUGAAGAACACAUCUGAUGUAGUUUAUCUAAAAGUUGGCAAACCUACCACCAUUUAUAUGACUGAUCCUUAUGGUCCACCUGAUAUUACUCACUCUUAUUCUCCACCAAUGGAAAACCAUCUACUCUCUGGCAACAAUGGCACAUUAGAAUACAAAACCUCCCUGCCGCCCAUCUCUCCAGGAAGGUACUCGCCAAUUCCAAAGCACAUGCUUGUUGAAGAUGACUACACCAGGCCACCGGAACCUGUUUACAGCACUGUGAACAAACUGUGUGAUAAGCCUGCUUCUCCCAGGCACUAUUCCCCUGUUGAGUGUGACAAAAGCUUCCUUCUCUCAGCUCCCUACCCCCACUACCACCUAGGCCUGCUCCCUGACUCUGAGAUGACCAGUCAUUCCCAACACAGCACUGCGACCCGUCAGCCUUCAGUGACUCUCCAACGGGCCAUCUCCCUAGAAGGGGAGCCCCGCAAGGUGGUCCUGCACAAAGGCUCCACUGGCUUGGGCUUCAACAUUGUGGGCGGGGAAGAUGGAGAAGGUAUUUUUGUAUCUUUCAUUCUGGCGGGUGGACCAGCAGACCUGAGUGGGGAGCUCCAGAGAGGAGACCAGAUCCUAUCGGUGAAUGGCAUUGACCUCCGUGGAGCAUCUCAUGAACAGGCAGCUGCUGCAUUAAAGGGAGCUGGACAGACAGUGACCAUUAUAGCACAAUAUCAACCUGAAGAUUACGCUCGAUUUGAGGCCAAAAUCCAUGACCUACGGGAGCAGAUGAUGAACCACAGCAUGAGCUCCGGGUCUGGGUCCCUGCGAACCAAUCAGAAACGCUCCCUCUAUGUCAGAGCCAUGUUUGACUAUGACAAGAGCAAAGACAGUGGGCUGCCAAGUCAAGGACUUAGCUUUAAAUACGGAGAUAUUCUCCAUGUUAUCAAUGCCUCCGAUGAUGAGUGGUGGCAAGCCAGAAGAGUCACGCUGGAGGGAGACAGCGAGGAGAUGGGCGUCAUCCCUAGCAAACGGAGGGUGGAGAGAAAAGAACGUGCCCGAUUGAAGACAGUGAAGUUUAAUGCAAAACCUGGAGUGAUUGACUCAAAAGGGUCAUUCAAUGACAAGCGUAAAAAGAGCUUCAUCUUUUCACGAAAAUUCCCAUUCUACAAGAACAAGGAGCAGAGUGAGCAGGAAACCAGUGAUCCUGAACGAGGGCAAGAAGACCUCAUUCUUUCCUAUGAGCCUGUCACAAGGCAGGAAAUAAACUAUACCCGGCCAGUGAUUAUCCUGGGCCCCAUGAAGGAUCGAAUCAAUGACGACUUGAUAUCUGAAUUUCCUGAUAAAUUUGGCUCCUGUGUGCCUCAUACUACAAGGCCGAAGCGUGACUAUGAAGUGGAUGGGAGAGACUAUCACUUUGUCAUUUCCAGAGAACAAAUGGAGAAAGAUAUUCAAGAGCACAAAUUUAUAGAAGCUGGCCAGUACAAUGACAAUUUAUAUGGAACCAGUGUGCAGUCUGUGAGAUUUGUAGCAGAAAGGGGCAAACACUGUAUCCUUGACGUAUCAGGAAACGCUAUCAAGCGAUUACAAGUUGCCCAGCUCUAUCCUAUUGCCAUCUUCAUAAAGCCCAAGUCUCUGGAACCUCUAAUGGAGAUGAAUAAACGUCUGACAGAGGAGCAAGCCAAGAAAACCUAUGAUCGAGCAAUUAAGCUAGAACAAGAAUUUGGAGAAUAUUUUACAGCUAUUGUCCAAGGAGACACCUUAGAAGAUAUAUAUAACCAAUGCAAGCUUGUAAUUGAAGAGCAAUCUGGGCCUUUCAUCUGGAUUCCCUCAAAGGAAAAGUUAUAAAUUAGCUACUGCGCCUCUGAUGACAGAAGAGCAUUUAGAAGAACAAAAUAUAUAUAAUAUACUACUUGGAGGCUUUUAUGUUUUUGUUGCAUUUAUGUUUUUGCAGUCAAUGUGAAUUCUUAUGAAUGUACAACACAAACUGUGUGAAGCCAUGAAGGAAACGGAGGGGCCAAAGGGUGGGACAGAAAGGACACUGCAGAAUGCAGGAAGGCUUUGGUUUGCUCAAAGUACCAGGUGUAGGGAUGAACCUCUGACAGGCUUUCUGCCCAAGAGAUGGGCAGCCUCCUCACCCCAGCAGAUGUCCAGAGCUGAUUUAGCUGCUGAGCUCUCUGUGUUUUUUUGCUUUAAAGAAAAGUUGCCAGCACUUGAACCUCACCAAUCUUCCCAUUUCCCACAUCUGUAAUUGGUAUUCUUCGAGUUUUAUAACUAUGCACAUCCUUUGAUUUCUUAACAAGCAAAGGAAAUAAAGAAGGAAAAAAAAGAAAGGAGUCCCUCUGGAGACGACAUACUAUCAGGGAAGGAUAAUUGUAUAGUUUUCUUGACUGGCAUCUGCAAAGACAAGCAUUUCAUAAAAUUCACAAGUGUAUGGAGGACUAACCUUAUGAGAGGAGGGGAUUCCACCUGGGAUUAGCUUUAUGAUUGUUGAUUGUCUAUUUUGCCAUUUAUAAACUGAAAGAAGGCACUACAGAUGAGAAUAAUUUAUACAAUAAAAUAUAUUAAAUGUAUAGAAACGAAUUUCUAUAGGUUAAAAAAGUUUUGUGAAAUAUUUUGUAAAGACUAAUUAAUUGAAAGACUAAAUGUAUGCAUUAUCAGCAGAUGAUCAAAUUCAAGAACUGGAAGUUGCACUCUCCCUUUUGUUGCCAAUGAUCCAUUAAGAGCAUCUGAGUUCCUUCCAAGUCCGACUUCUCCCUCACUUACCUCCCAUGAUCUCCCUUGCACACUAGUGAUACACUCUUAUGGAGCACAUCCCUUAAUGAGUUGCCCUUAUGGAUAUUUUUUAGAAGAUAUUUGGUUAAUAUACUUUUUAACUGAUGGCUUUUCAGAGAAAAACUCAAGCAAAUGAUCUAAAGGGAAUUCUUGCUUUUCUCUAGUUAAAUAACCUGGGCCCACCAUGCAAAUAGUUGAAUAACUUUGUUCCUAGUUACUUGCUUACUUGGUUACUUAAAGGACCAUUUAGUAUUCUGGCCAGCCAUGAGUAAUUAGAAUUAUUCUUUUUUUGUUGCACAGAGUAAUUUAGAGUUUUGUAACAGCCAGAGUUGGUGUUAGAACCAUGGGGAGAUCUGUCCCAAUAUGCAGUAUUUCUUUGAGGAAGAGAGAAGUAAGUGACUGGUUGGAGGGGUGAGGGGUUCAGGCUUUUUUGUUUCAGUAUAUAGGACAAAGAGAACCACAAGGAAAGACAAUUAUGACUUUGAGCUCAACCAAUUGAACUGCCUUCCUUGGGGAUGCACCUGGACCAAGUUUAUUUUUUAAUAAUUAUAAUGAUGAUUUUAAAAAAGAAACCUCCCAAAGCCUAUAAACUGAAACAGAAGAGUUUGUUUCCCACUUUAGAGCUGAUGGUGACAUCAGCGUUGGUUUUGCCUAAGGUGUUUAGAGAGAGACUUUUCAGUGAUAUUAAUAACCACUUAACUCUGGGUUCUGUACAUGCCCAGAUUAAGCCCCAUCGCCUUAUUUCUGGGGUACAUCAAGACCUGGCAGGGAUUCUGCCACACUGUGCAGCAAACCAGCAUGUAGGCUGGGGUGGGAGAGCAAAAGACAGAGUCAUCAGAGUGAUGGGGCUUCUUCACAGUAAGAACACUGGAGCUCAAAAAUGAGAGUCUCUUUCCAAAAACAAGGGUUGUUCAUUUUACACUAAAUGCCAUUGUCUGCCUGGCUGCAGUCACCAAAA